GAAGUUUCCGCGCGACACUGGACGCGAUACAACGCUUUCUGCUGUCGCUCUUCCCACGGACGUUUUAUUUUGCAUGGUAAUAGCGUUCCGACGAUUCGAACUCUCAUCGUGUUCGAGGAGACUCGGCUGUUACGCGACAUGAAAAUAAAUACUCGCGUGUAUUAAGCUUGCGAGUGCGCGUGCCAGACUUUAAUUAAUUGUUUGGCGAAAGUUGAGAGUCUCGAUAAAUUGGAAACGGAAUUUCGUUGCCUGCUGAUUAUCGCGGAUUGAUUCUCGUACGGACUUGAUUAAAUUUACGAUUUUUAUAAAAUUCGAGAAUUUUCGCAUACUUUUGUUGUUGUUGUUGUUUUUUUUUUUUUUUUUUUUUUUUUUUUUUCCCCAAGAAAACUGUGGACAAUGCGAAAUCUCGCGGUUGAUCAUCGUCAGUCUCGGACGGUCGUUGAGCCCUUAGUCAUCAAUUAACCACGCAAAAUAAACGGGGGAAAAGAUUUUGCGACGGUGAAACUACGGAGCUCGGGAGUUUGUGAACGAGCUUCUGGCGAGACGAUUUUAUUUCACUACUGACUUACAAAUUCGCGUAGUUAUGGAGCGAAUGACGAAAAAGCGGGGUCGAAUAUCGUGAUCUCUCGGUGCUUUGGGUUCUCGAUGAAAGAGUGCCGAGACGAGAGCUCGCUCCGUCGAUCGCACCGUGAUCCCUUGGAAUUGUGACUCUAUAACGAAGUGUGCUUCGUGUGAAAAAUACCGAAAAAAAAGGAAAUUGGAGAAGAAAAAAGAAUUGGAAGAGAGUUGUUUCUAUCGGUCGCGAGAAUCUUCAGAGCUAAGAGAAAGUGAACAAAGUUUUGAGCUCGCGGAGCCGAGAUAUUUUUGAAGAUUGACGCUGUUUGUUGAUCCGCUCUCGUUGACCGCUCGGGGGUCGGGUCAAAGUUCAUUCGACGAAACGAAAUUCCCCGACGGUGACGACAGAAUACACAGCGAUCUAGACGGUCGCGCGCUCACUAAAUAGACAAAUAUAUUCUCGAAAUCAAGCUCGAAAAUCUUCUCGCGAGCAGUGCGCGCCUCGCGAUCCAUCGACCGCACAAUUUUUGGUGUUGCAAUCGCGGUUAUCGGGGAAUAGCUCUCAAUCCCCGUCGCGUUUCCCCGCCAUCGUUAUUCCCCGCUGCUCCUGCGCUUAUUAUCUACUUUAUCUCGUGACAACACAAGACAUUUCCAGCAGUGAAAAUCACCCGGAAAAACUAUUAAAGAAUCAGAGAACUUGUUAUUAUGCCGCAGGCUUGUCGGAACUACCGAAUAUCGAGAGAGACUUUCGACGACAAAAAUACACGUGAAGUUUGAAAGUAGCUCGCGAUAAGGAAGCACCAGCGAAAAGGAUUUCAUUCGUUCCGUCAAUUCUGCACCCAAACAAUCCAAUCGCUGCCUAACGUCUCGUCGAAUCGUAAAAAUUAUUAUUAUUUAAAAAAAAAGAAUAAAAAAAAAGAAAAAAGAAGAAAAAAAAAGAAAAAUGAAGGUCUCAAUGGAUCACGGAAGUGCCUUCAGUCCUUACUGCUCGAGAAACAUGAGCUCCGUUAAACGCGUGCAAGCCCCGUUGUUUAUUUCACCCUCGAAUUUACCCGACAUGUGUCUCAUGUGCGUAGACAUGGCCCGGGACACGCCAGGCUCGCCAAUGUCAAGGCCACGGGAUCUCGGACCUGCUGGCGGCGGCGGCGGGGGAGGCGGAGGCGGAGGAGGCGGCGGCGGAGGUGCCACCGCUACUUUGACUUCCGGUGCUUAUCAUGCCGCAACGACCGAUCAUUCUGCGCUUCACGGAGGAGCUUUUCAGCAGAAAAUACUCGAGCUACAGCAGCAUCAUCAGCUUCAACAACAGAUACUGAGGCAACAGUUUCACGCCCGGGAGAGGCAGCUCGCCGAGAUGCACGAGCAGCAGAUGCAUCAACUGAAGGUUUGGGAACAACAGAAACAACUCGAGGAACAAAUCAAGGAAAACGAAAGGCUCGAGACACUCAGGAAAAAGGACAAACAGGAUCACAGCGCAAAUGCAUCCACCGAAGUCAAACAACGUGUUCGGAGUUUCCUCGUACAAAAGAUGCAGCAGAGAGAAGCUGCGGUUGCGGCGAAUGGCAUUGCUCCUGGAGCUCCCGGUUACAGAAGUUGGCUCCAGCCGCAAUCGGAAUCAGGAAGCACCGGAAAUGCCGCUCAUCCUUAUCGAAUGCCACAGAUGCUGCAGGAAAAAUUCGGCGAUGAUUUUCCGCUGAGAAAAACAGCCUCGGAGCCGAACCUGCUCAAGGUCCGGCUAAAGCAGCGUGUCAUGGAGAGGAACUUGGCAGCUUCGAGAAACUCACCCCUUACGGCACGCCGGAAGGAUCGACUGCUGUCGCACCUCAAGCGGAAGUCACUCUUAGCAAAUCCUGGCAGUAAUCCCGAAUCCGGUCCUAACUCGCCGCCCACGGUUAACAAUUCACAAGCAAGUCCAACAGCCGGAAGCAACACACCGAUCCAAGAGGAGAGCGAAAAUACGCCUUACGGUGGUCCAUUGACGAGCAGCAGUCAGCAAGGCAGCCUUUCGGAUCUUUCACUCUUCAGCUCACCGUCCAUGCCCAAUAUUUCGCUAGGCAUCCCUCACGUGCCAUCGAGUUCGUCCACGAGUGGCACGAAACUCGCUCCAGUCUCGGAGGCCGAAGUCCGGGCGGCGUUCACCGCUCGAUUGGGUAUGCCGCUAACGGGACAAAUGUUGCCAGGGACCUUACCAUUUUAUCCAUCGUUGACCGUAAUCGAGGGUGAGCCAGCAUACAUACACAAACAAAUGCAAAAUUUGGAACAACAGGGAAGCAGGCACAGUACAAUUUACGGUUCACCGAUAACCGAUACUCAAGUAGCACACGCAAGACUGCAUAAGGCUGGUCACCGGCCUUUAGGUAGUAGAACACAAUCCGCGCCAUUGCCUCUCGGUCAUCCGAUGCUUCAAGGCGGCAUGAUAGCCCCACCGACACACUACGAGGAAUACCUCGCAGAAAAACAGCUCCACGAUCAACAACAGGCGCACAAUUGCCUCAAACAACAGCUACGACAAACUGUACUGACGCGCGUUGUUUCCCGUGGCAGUCAACCCAACCAGCUCGACGAAGCCGCCGAAAGCGAGGAAUCCGAAGUCAUUGAUCUCACCGGAAAAAAGGAGGUACCCGAGGAAAGCGAAAUCUCCAAACAGCAAAGGGAUCGCGAACAAUUCCUUCAGCAACAAAGGGAUUUGAUGAUGCGACACACCUUACAAGUCAACGAAUCCAACUCUUACGUUGGCAGCAGGUCUGCCCAAUCCGCUCGACCUCUAUCUCGCGCCCUCUCCAGCCCCCUCGUCCAUUUAGGACCUCAGGCCACCGGCGGGGACGUUUUUGCCCGUGGUUCGCCGCAUCGUCCGACCACGGGUCUGGCUUACGACCCUCUGAUGUUGAAGCACGCUUGCGUGUGUGGCGAAACUGUCAGGGGUCAUCCUGAACACGGUGGCAGACUGCAAAGCGUUUGGGCGAGACUCUCGGAGACCGGAUUGUUGCAACGAUGCGAUCGCGUUAGAUCGCGUAAGGCUACACUCGAAGAGAUACAGAGCUGUCACAGUGAAGCUCAUGCGCUCUUGUUCGGCACGAAUCCUUUGAAUCGUCAAAAAUUAGAUAUGUGCAAGCUCUCGCAAUUGCCGAUCAAGAGUUUCGUCAGACUGCCCUGCGGUGGUGUGGGCGUUGAUUCUGAUACAACGUGGAACGAGCUACACACUGCGCCAGCAGCACGGAUGGCCGUCGGCUGCGUCGUUGAUCUCGCGUUCAAAGCUGCAAUGGGUGACAUCAAAAAUGGUUUUGCUGUCGUCCGACCUCCGGGACAUCAUGCAGAAACCAAUCAAGCAAUGGGCUUCUGUUUCUUCAAUUCCGUUGCGAUAGCGGCCAAGCUUCUUCAACAGAAAUUAGAUACCAGAAAAAUAUUAAUAGUCGACUGGGACGUUCAUCAUGGAAAUGGCACGCAACAAAUGUUUUACGACGAUCCGAGGGUUCUCUACCUGUCGAUACACAGGCACGACGAUGGUAAUUUUUUCCCGGGAACGGGUGGAUCGACUGAAUGUGGAGCAGGCGAGGCCCUCGGUUAUAACGUCAAUGUCUCGUGGACCGGUGGAUUGAAUCCCCCGAUGGGAGAUGCCGAGUAUCUCGCAGCUUUUAGAACAAUUGUAAUGCCGAUAGCGAAAGAAUUUGAUCCGGAUGUUGUUCUCGUUUCCGCCGGUUUUGACGCGGCUAUCGGACAUCCAGCUCCGCUGGGUGGUUACAAAGUUAGCCCCGCAUGUUUUGGACACAUGACACAACAGCUGCUUGAACUCGCUAACGGCAAAGUAGUUUUAGCACUCGAGGGUGGUUAUGAUCUUGCGGCCAUUUGUGAUUCGGCUCAGGAAUGCGUCAGAGCUCUUCUCGGCGACGAACCGAGCCCACUGAGGGAAGAGGAACUCACUAGAGUACCUUGUCAAAAUGCCAUCGAUACGCUUCAAAAAACUAUUGCGAUUCAGAUGUCGCAUUGGCCAUGUGUCAAAUUGGCCGCCCAUACAGUAGGCAUGAGUGCUUUGAAGGCGAGUCAAAAGGAGCACGACGAGACCGAGACAGUCUCUGCUAUGGCUUCGCUCUCUAUGCAACAACCAACCAAUCUUUCCAGAACUACUCCAGAACAUUCCCGCGAAGUUUCCGAGGAGCCAAUGGAACAGGACGAAGCCAAGUGAAGGCCAUGCUUUCUGACGAUUCGUGUGACGAUCGUUUUGUUUUUCUUUCGUCUCAGAAAGAGUCGAGGAAGCUUGAGUUUUUCGACGUGGAAUCUCGUCGUUGCAGCACUUCAGCACAUGUGCACUGGUUUCGUCGAGGGAAAAGGUCAAAUAAUGAUUCAGAUAAUCCUUUUUGAUUUGUCCUCGGGAAUGCGGUUCCAAAGAUUUCUAAAAUCCAUAAAACCAAACAAAUGCGAGAGUUGAUCUCCGAAUCUUUGGAUUAACCGGAACAUUGCUCGAAAUUUGUGGAAUCAACGACAUGCAAGUUUUUUGUCAACGGAAAUUUAUUUUUCUUGCUCGUGCGAAAAGCUUUCGCUGUUUACGUCGUAAUGACAGAAAAAAAACAGGGACAUGACGUCUCCUCGUAAUUGUGAAUAUGCAACACACGUUGGUCGAUCGAUCGUGGGACGAUUGUAAAUCUCUUCAAUUGAGAAUUUGUGUAUUUCUUGAUCCUCAUUUUUUUGAGCCCACAAUAAUGUCGUUUGACCUCAAUACGUAUUUGAUAGAAGUGAAAAGAAGAAAAAAGCGCUCGACCGCGUAUCAAUGAGCUACGUUAUACAGGUAUCUGAUAUAAUAUGUGUAUUAAAAAUAAAAAAAGCACAACGAAUGAUGGAUAUAUUAAGAAGAUUAGCACUUCUGAUGAACGAAUCGAUACAUUUUUUUUUUUUAAAUCUAAUGAGAACGUAGAUCGAUUGAACUCUUAUUUUUGUGAAAAAUUUAGUUGAUUCGAAAAUCCAUGAAGUUUCUUCAUAUUGAACGAAGAUGAAUUUUAGUUUUGCAAUGAAAAAAUAAGCAAAUUGAAAGAUGUUUACUUUUUAUUUUUUUGCAACGGUGAGUUGCAAUGGACAAACUUUUUUUUAGUUUUAAUUUACGAGAGAAUUGAAAAAAAAAACUAAUAUGGAAGCAGUAUGUACUGUACGAUUUAUGUUUAAUGAUCGGAAAAUGUGAACGAGUAUGAUAAAAGACAGUUAUAGAUAUAUAUAUAUAUAUAUAUAUACAUAUAUAUAUAUUUUGUUACUCUGCAAGGAAACGCAGAGAAAUCUCGUUGGGCGCGUUGUGCAGGCCACUAGCGCUUUGUUUGCUCCCAAAUCGUCGUAAAAUCGCGUUUUAAACAUUCUAACUGUGCUAUAUUUCGUCCCUCAACUAGCGGGAUUGUUGAAGGUGUAAUUUUUGGUGUUGAACAUCCGUGAUCACGAUGUUUAUUAAAAAUAAUGAGCGAGCUAGGCCAGAUCUAAAAAGGAGUAUACAUACUCGAGAGAUUUAUUUAUUUCGUUGCAAGUGGACCGGAGGCUAGAAAAAUCAGUGGAAUAAGUUCAGCUGCCAAAUGAGUCUGGCACUGUCCAUUUGAUUUUUCCGCUUUCUUUUAUUGUUUUUCACGGUGAUCGCAAAAUUUUCAAGCUCUAUUUAUCGCACAGAAUCUUACAAUGUUACACAUACACGAGGAACCGUGUGUUCUCUUCUUUGAUUCUUCUUAUUCUCUUACAAGGUUUUUUCUCUGCUGCGAACAAAGGCUGGUGCGUUUUUUGUGAUACUUUGUAAAAAGUUUAAAUACAGUUUAAUUAAGAGUGUACGAGAUAACUUCUCGAGAUAGAUAAUGUAACGUUGAGAAAAACAGUAAAAGAAGUGAAAAGAAGGAGAGAAAGAAGAUACAAGCAUUUAUUUUUGUGUCAUGCAUUUUAAUGAAGAAAAAAAAACAAAAUGUUAUAUGAAAUUUACGAUUAAAAUAGAAAUGAAGAAACAAAUAUUACACAUGACGUAUUCUACGCGAAACCAGCGGAUUUUUUCCCUGACUUUUGCCAAUUUGGAUAAUUUUUUUUUUUUUAUAUGGUUACUUUGAGUCUAAAAGACAGCCUCAUUUUUUUAGAUUUUUCUGAAUAUUCCUUAUAAGAAAAAAUCCAAAAAACCGCUGCUUCUCAAAAAUCUGAAAACCCUUUAAUAAUUAAAUAUUCUGGUAUUCAAACUUUCUUCACAAUUUUUUUUUUUCAAUAAGCGCUGUUCAGGUAUAAAAAAUAGAAUAUCUUUGAGACUCAGGGUAACCGAAUUAAAAAAAUGAACCGAAUUGGCGAGGGUCAGGAAAAAAGUCCGCAGUUUUCGUAUGGAAUACCUCAUAUGUGUAUAUAUACAGAUUUUCAAUUACAAGAACAGCAAACGAACACACGUAUAUAUGAAUAUUGUACUGAGAAAAAAGUCGAAAAAAAACAUUGUGUUGUUAUACGUAUAUCGUGGAUGCAGAUAUUUCAUCCCGGGAAUCUCAAAUGUCUGUUGUAUGUUGCUCUACGACUGUUCGAAGAUAAGAAAAAUAAUACGAAUUAACAACAAAGUAAAAAAAUUGGUAUGAAUCACAGUGUUUUAUGUACGUGAAAAUCGUGUUCAAAAUCGCCGUUAUCGUAAAAGAGAAAGCAACAAACAAACGCAAAUGUAAAAUAUGUAAAGAAAAAAAAACAAAUAGUUCUGUUAAUGUGGAAAUAUCUAUGAAGAUUUAUAUCCCAGUCAACGAAUUGGGAUUCGAUUCGAUAGAAUUCGAAUGUGAAUUACGAAUUAACCGCAACAAGAACAUUCGAUUGUCGAUUCAAAUUGUUGCCCUACGUCGUUUCGAAGAGCAUCGGUUGUGCGAUAUAGUGUUUCGAUGACUUGAAAAUAAGCUGGAGAUACUUAUUAUUAUCUUACUGAUGCAAGCUGUUGUGUCGCAGUGUUAUAAUAAUAUUAAACAUGCAUAUUCUAUUUAACUAUUUAUGAUUCGUAAGAAAACAAAAAAAGAGCGAAAAAAAAAUAUACACAUAAAAUCCGUCUACGUCCGAUUUUCGUUGAUAAAUCAAUGUGUCGUUGAUGAUUUUAGGAUUGUAGAGAGAAAUUGCAAGAAAAUGGGAAAAAAGAGAAAUACGAAAAAUAUUGUGCGCAUAAAAAAAUUGCGUUGAAUCAUUGUAAACCGUGAAAAAAAAAAAUUCUUUAGGCAUAAAAUCGCUUUCAUCCUUAUUACCGAGAAAAAGGCCUACGGUUCGUUGUCCAUUAUCGACUUACUUGCUUUGACAAGCUACAUGACCACACUUGAUGUCUUUCACCGGACGUUUAUAUGAAUAAGAUAUAUAUAUAUAUAUAUAUAUAAAUUUGGGUUUGAGCUCAGCUCGAAACGACGUAAAAACUUACAAACAUUCCGAUAUAACGUGGUGUAACCCCAUGGCGGUUACAAUAAUUGCGUAAUGCUACAUUGCAUAUUGAAAAAUGUAUAAGUUAAUUGAAAAAAAAAAAUUGUAUAUCUUUAAGACGAUGAGCACGAAGUAUAUAUAUACAUAUGAUAUAUAUAAAACGGCUAUGUUACGUAUACAUAGUUAUUGUAUUGGUAAUACGAUUUUUUUAUGUAUAUAAAUGUACCUCCUAAAAUUAAGAUUAAAAAUAAAAGUAUAGUAAUUGUGUUAAAAAUA